AUGGCUUCACAUGCAUUCUGUUGCGAUAAUAUCAGACCUAGGGAUUUCGAAGAUGGAGAUUACCGACUCGGAAUCUUCAUCUACUGGGCAAAAUCAGGAAAGAGACUGCAAACCAAAGACGACAACCUAGGACUCAAUGUCCCGUUUUGCGUCCAAGUAACUCAAAGGUAUCCUAGGUUAACCCGGCUCUUUGUACCGACCAGCUGGGGUGAAUUUGCUGAGAUCGAUCGGGAAUUGCUCGGGGCACCAUGGGUAUCACAUGAGUAUGUCCCUGAAGAAUGUGUUACGAGUUCAAGGCUGAUUAUCCUCAAAGACCGUCAUAUUACCAGUGCAGGGCUCAUUGCGCGGCCUUUCGGGUUAAAUUAUCUGAAAGAAGUGUCGAAUCGCCAACCCAAUCUCCACAAGCAUGCGUUUCACGAUCAGUAUGGCCGUGGUGACGCUUCCUCGUCGACAGCAAUGAAUGAACCGACCAACGUCGCGGGAGAACCAAACGCAAAGCCAUCUGCAGAAACAAACCACACACAAAGCCCAGUUGGUACGGAUGCUAAGUAUGGCAUGGAGAAUAUCGCUUCAUUGGCGAAUAUGCCUGCUGGCCAGUUUGUCCUUGACUUGAUUGACCGGGCGAGAAAUACGAUGCCACUCAACAAGGUCUCCCUUGCCACUGAAGCCGAUAUUCUCAAAACGCAUUUGCUCCAUGAUCUACGCAAGUUGACAGAGUCUGUCGAUCAGAAUAUAUCCAUUUGGAUGCUAUUGACCACAUCAUAUCCAAUUGCUAAGCUCUUGAUGAGCUGCGGCCCUUCCAACGUCUAUACCGAAAAUGACAGAGCGAAGAUACUCAAAGCCACUGCAAUCGCGGUUAAUGCGGUGCAAGUCCUCGCCUUUAAUCAUCGUGGACCCCAAGAUUGCAACCCUCCUGACGGUAUCGAAGUUUUCGAAGAGAUUCGUCGGCAACAUCCGAAUGAUGAAAAUUUGACUUCACUGGUGAAUUGUGCCCUCAAAGAAGUGCGGGGGUAUAUUGAAACAGAAGAGAAGGCUAGACUGGCAGAGAAGAAGGUGUAUCUAUCAGUGAGCGAUGAUGGCUAUGAUCACUGUGAUUUGUCUAUUUCGGACUGA